AUGGAAGAGACUUUGAAUAUUCUAAGUCCAGUUAAAUAUGAUGAUUCAUUAGCACAUUUUGAGAUUCAUACUCAUCAACCUUAUGUUUCAUCAGCAUUUAAUAAUAGCGAUGAGAUUCGAAUUGCUGUUCAACAUCAGGAUUUGUAUAUUCUUCCUAGUAAAAGUACGUUACAUGUACAUGGAAGAUUAGUUAAAUCUGACGAUACUGUUGUGACUAAUACAAAAUUGAUUAGUAAUGCUAUUUGUUAUCUAUUUAAUGAGAUUCGUUAUGAACUGAAUGGUGUUGAAAUUGAUCGUUGUAAAAAUGUUGGCCUCACAACCACCAUGAAAACUUAUAUUUCUCAAACACCUAAUCAGAUUAUUUACUCAGAGAAUACUGGUUAUCUUAACUUUGAUGAUGAUAGUAGAAUAACAGAUAACGCUGGAUACUUUGAUGUGAAUAUACCUUUAAGCAUGAUUCUUGGAUUUGCUGAAGACUACCGAAAAAUAGUUGUAAAUGCAAAACAUGAACUUAUUUUGACAAGAUCUCGUACAGAUCUUAAUGCUGUGGUUAACAUUACUGGCGUUGAACGUGAAAGAUUUAAAAUUAUACUCUUUAAUGUAGAAUGGAUGAUACCAUAUUUAUUUGUUGGUGACCGUCGAAGAAUAGAAUUAUUAAAAUUUAUUGAAAAAGAUCCGCUUAUAAAUAUGAGAUCAUGGGAAAUGUAUGAAUAUCCACUGAUACCUGCAACUCAGAAACAUUGCUGGACUGUAAAAACAUCCACACAAGUUGAAAAACCUCGAUAUGUUAUACUUGGAUUUCAGACUAAUCGGAAAGAUAAUCAUGCAAGAUAUGCAAAGUUUUUUGAUAACUCUAAUCUCAUAAAUGUUAAACUUUUUUUAAACUCACAAUAUUAUCCUUAUGGUAAUUUAAAUUUAAAUUUUAAUCAAAACAAAUAUUCUCUCCUUUAUGAUAUGUAUUGUAAUUUUCAAUCAUCAUACUAUGGAAAAGAUUCUGAGCCGUUACUUUCUAGAACUACCUUUAAAGACUAUGCACCAUUGGCUGUCAUAGAUUGUUCAAAACAAAACGAAUUCCUUAAACAAGCUUCAGUUGAUGUCCGAUUGGAAUUUGAAUCUAGUGAAAAUUUUCCCGCCAAUACAGCAGCAUAUUGCUUAAUUAUUCAUGAUCGCAUUAUACAGUAUAAACCAAUCAGCGGUGUUGUUAAAAAAGUAACAUAA